UUACGUAUGGAGGAAGUAUUCUAUGAGAAAUUGGAGUUGCGCAAGGAGAAUACUCGUCUGAAUAAUUUGGAACAUCUGGCACAAGCAAUGAACGAAGCGGGCAAUGAAUUUGGCGCUGGCACACCGUACGGUUAG